CUAUGAGCAACCUUCAAUUACCGUCGCUAGAUACCGUACUGGAGUCCUAUUCGGUAGGAAAAAGGACUGCAAUUUUAUUACAAGAGCCAAACCCAGCCAACUUCAAGGAUGAGCCAGGAACAACCCAGGAGGACUCAACCCGCCCAAGGAGAGCCCAUCAAGUAUGGGGACGUGUUUAACGUCCAGGGGGAGCUGGCUUGCGAGCCGGUUGCACCCCAGGAUGCUGCCAUGAUGCAGUCCGCCGAGAACCAGAUCAUCGGCCAGACCCAGAGGGGUGGGCCUGCUGCCGUCAUGCAGUCCGCCGCCGCCCGGAAUGAGACCGCCGGACUCGUUGGCCACCGCGACGUCAGCGACGUUCCGGCUGACCAGGGUGUCGCCGUCACCGAGACCGACCUCACCGGCCAUCGCAUCGUCACCGAGUCCGUCGGCGGACAGGUGGUGGGCAGCUAUGAGACGGCGGCGCCGGUGAGCACGACGGCGCUGCCGACCGGGGGGAUGUAUGGCGAUGCAUUUACUAUUGGAGACGCGCUCGAAGCGACGGCGAUGACCGCAGGAGGGAAGCCGGUGGAUCAGAGCGAUGCGGCGGCGAUCCAGGCAGCGGAGGCUAGGGCGACGGGGCUGAAUGAGGUUCUGCCAGGAGGUGUCGGCGCCGAGGCGCAGUCGGCGGCAACCGCCAACACCCGGUUGAUGCGUGAGGAGAACAAGAUCAAGCUUAGAGACGUGCUUAGUGAUGCGACUACCAAGCUUCCAGGGGACAAGGUGGUGACGCGAGAGGACGCGGAUCGGGUGGCGGGAGCGGAGAUGAGGAACAGACCGGACGUGUCGACGCACACGCAAGGCGUGGCAGCGAACGUAGCAGCGGCGGCAAGGCUCAAUCAGGACGUCCAGUUUUAGGCUUAUUAUGAUGGCGUUGGUGUUUGUAGUGAAAAAUUAAGGGAGCUCAAAGUAGCCAUAUGGUAGGAGUGUGACUUGAUAGUCUUUAGUUGUGUGCGAGACAGUUUCAUGUAUGUAUGUAUGUAGAUUUGGAGCGAGCAGAAGUGGUGUUUUCAGUCUCACGUUUUGCCUACUAAGCUUGUUCGGUGGAUUCGGUCGUUUUGUUGUAACCGAUCGUCUUAGUUAGCCAGUAAAUUUUGCUUAUUUGAUAAUAUAGGGCUGACAAAAUAUGAUUUGGUCUGUCAA